UCAUUUGAAACAAGCAUUGAAUGAAUGCAUUAUUUUUUAUUAUUAUUUCUUUUAGUCAUUCAUUUCAUUACAUUUUUUUCAUUCAAUUGAUUCAAUGAAACAGUGAUUCAGUAAAUAAUUAUUCAUUGAAUUGAUUGUUAUUUUUGUUGUUUAUUUUGGAUCUCAUUUUUAUAAUUAUUUUAUGCAAUCAUUGUUUGUAUUGACAACUGGUUUACUGCAGUCAAGACAUACAAACACAGAGACAGAGAGAGAGAGAGACAUCAGUGGCCACUACUCUGUGUAUGACUAUAGACAUCGACCAUCUGACCGACCGACUGACCAAUUGGACGGACAAACACAUCGGACAUCAUCACCACUAAGUCAUGAGACAAGAGACGGAUCACCGCAACGGUACGUCGUCUUUGUCGUGGCCAACAACUACUACAACAAUGACCACAACAAUGGAUACCGGUUUGGACAACAAACCGAAGGCCGCCGUCAUCGCCAAUGGUCAACAUUUGACUAACGGUUAUCAUUUGUCGUCUGGCACAGCAAUUAGGUCACAACAACAAUCGACGGCAUCCAUCGCCGACAAAGUGUCGAUCGGCGAUAAGGGUCGGACAGUCAACUCUAAGGGCCGACACAUUAACGAAGACGCGCCCUUUCAUAUAGUCUUACUCUGCUAUUUCUCGUAUGUUGUGCUCAUAAUGUUCGGAUAUUUACGCGAUUUUCUUCGCCAAUCGGGUCUCGAACGUAAUCCGGCGGCCGUCGAAUCCAACCGCGACGGCUACGUAAAACUCUACCAGAGUUUCGAGAGUUUCUACACCCGAAAUAUCUAUCGCCGUAUAUGCGACUCGUGGAAUAAGCCCAUCUGUUCGGUGCCCGGCUCUACCAUUACCAUCAUUGACCGAAACACUGACAACUAUAACUGGACGUUCACCUAUCCGGGUACCACAACAACCGCCAUCAAUAUGGGUUCGUACAACUAUCUGGGCUUUGCAGAGACCAGUGGACCAAUUCAUCGCAAAGUUGGCGAAUGUCUCGACCACUACGGUGUUGCCCAAUGCAGUACUCGACAGGAAUUGGGAACUACUGAUGUUGUUCAACGACUCGAAGAGCAAACGGCCCGCUAUUUGGGUGUCGAAGACUGUGUGAUAUUUGGUAUGGGUUUCGCUACAAACGCAACGAACAUACAGACGAUAGCGGGAAAGGGAUCACUGAUAUUAAGUGAUGAACUAAAUCACGCAUCCAUUAUAUUGGGCGCACGGCUUACCGGUUCAACCGUCCGUACUUUCCGUCACAAUAAUAUGGCUGACUUAGAGCGCAAAAUACGCGGAUAUAUAGUUGCUGGUCAGCCCCGAACUCACCGGCCCUGGAAACGCAUACUGAUUCUUACAGAGGGUAUCUAUUCGAUGGAGGGCUCUAUUGUUGAUCUGCCUGAACUGAUCCGGAUCAAAAAGAAGUAUAACUGUUACGUGUAUUUGGACGAAGCUCAUAGUAUCGGUGCUAUCGGACCAAAUGGAAAGGGUGUCUGUGAUUACUACGGUUGUGAUCCCAACGACAUUGACUUACUUAUGGGAACAUUUACCAAGAGUUUUGGUGCCGCCGGCGGUUAUAUUGCCGGCAAAAAAUCAGCCAUCGAUUACAUUAGAACUCAUUCCUAUGGCGACUGUUAUGCAAAUGCCAUUUCUCCAGUGAUCGCCACACAAAUAUCUGGAGUGAUGUCGUGUUUAAUGGGAGAAGACGGCACCGAUGAUGGAGAAAAACGGAUCAAACAACUGGCAAGAAAUACACAAUAUUUUCGCCAAAAGCUCAAUCAAUUGGGUUUCAUUAUAUAUGGUAACAACGAUUCACCUGUCGUUCCUCUCAUGCUAUGCUUUUGCCCUAAAAUACCUGCUGUCAUCCGUUUGGCAUACAAGAAACGUCUGGGUUUUAUCGGCGCCGGUUUUCCGGCCACAUCGUUGACCAGCGGACGGGUGCGCUUUUGUGUGUCGGCUUCACAUACAAAGGAAAUGUUAGAUAAAGCACUGGAAGUUAUGGACGAAAUCGGAGACAAACUUGAAAUCAAAUAUUCAUCGCGUCCUUUGAACAAAUCAGAGAUUAUUUAUUGAUUUUCAAUGUUUGAGUUGAAUCUUAAAAAAAAAAUUAUUUUUUUUAUCUCAAUUUAUACGGUAUCGCAAAAAAAUAUUUAAAGCAAAUUAAUUGCUUUUAUGCCAACAAAAUUAUUAUUUUGAAAUAUAACAUUAAUUAGUGUCA